UAUUAAUUAAGAAUGUUGAACUGGGGUCCAGUGCUAGUGUCGGUGGUGUUGUUUGUGUUAUUAACACCAGGGUUGUUGUUUCAGGUGCCUGGGAGAUCAAGGUGUGUUGAAUUUGGUAAUUUUCAAACAAGUGCUGCUUCCAUUCUCAUUCACUCUCUUCUCUUUUUUGGUCUCGUUUGUGUUUUCCUCAUCGCCGUUAGAGUCCAUCUUUACACCGGCUGAAAAU